AUGGCAAUGGCUCAAAAAGAUAGGAAUACAAGGUUCGCUGAAAAGGCUUUCGAAAUGGUCGAUAAAGUGAAUGGUAAGUCUCAGAAAAAAAUCCCUAAACCAUAUGUUCCUAGAGACGAGUUCCCUUCUCAGUUUAACCAAAGUUCCUACGAAUAUGGUGGUCCACAAGUUUAUACCGUAAAAGAAGCGACUAAUUCUACUAGUUGUCGCCGAGUCAUUUAUAAGUAUUCAAACGAGUCAACUAUAAAAGAACCUGUUGUUUCUCACCCCACGGAGCAUAUUCACUUCUUCGGUGGUGCUCGUCCUUUUAUCGGCAAUCCUAACCGUAUUGAGAGGCCGAAAGGACGGGCUAUUACUUGCGACGAGGCGGUCAAACUCUAUGGAGGGGUGCUCAUAAAAGAAUUUCGUAAUUAA